GUGAUCAUGCUCUUCAACUUCCAACAAGAUUGAGUCCAAGAAUGUGGGCGACACCGGCAACGGGGAGUGGCUCUCGAACUCAGCAUGACGGAGGAGGAGGAGGUGCUGGCAGUUCGAGGCCUUCUUCAAGUAGCACAUUUGGUAGCAUUAUCCCGGCAGUAACAGGCAGUGCUAAAAAUGCAACAGCGAGGGUUCUUCCCUCACUUCUGGUCGAGAAUGGACAUGGCGCACAGCAGCAGCUUUCCAAGAAAGCAACGUCAAAGGAAGGCGGUACUGAAUAUUUUUUGUCUUAGAGAAUAGCUGGACUAGUAGAUGCCAUAGAUGGGAAUAUAGAAAACCGCAUGACUUAGUAAGCAAGAAUUCGAGUUCGAUGUUCAAGGUGUAAGGUCGUUGGAGCAAAGUCUUCUUUGGCGCUUCAGCCAACCGGUGUUUGGCAGCAUGGGAUUUCAUAGUCGCACAGCAGCAACACAUUCUCAACAUGAUUGGUUCUGUUGUGAGCAACCUCAGGUCAAAGUCUUCUUUGGCGCUUCAUCACAUUCUCAACAUGAUUGGUUCUGUUGUGACCAACCUCAGGUGACGAUCCAUCCCCGCCCGCGUCACCUGAGAGGACUGCUGCAAGACGUGGGAGGACGACGACGGUAGUGACUACUUCGACGAUAUCCAGUAGCGCAUCCUCUGUCGAGGAAGAAGACAAGGAUCAUCUCCACGUCUUUGCGAAUGGCAUCGCUGGCUAUACCAUGUUCCCGAUCUUCACCAGGCGCUUUCUAGUCAUCGCAGCUGGGCUGUGCUUGUUGCAGAACGUGGGGGAAGCUGCCGCGAACGAGUCGCUUGGCUUGUACACGCUUUUAGGGCCCGCGAUCGCCUACGUCUGCGUAUAUCUGAAUGCCGUGCUCCUAAUCAAAGACUAUCUUGCUGUGAACGAAAAGGAAGUAGAAGGUCCUCGGGGAAAUCCACCGGACAGCGUCAAAACAGCGAAAUCGACACAAGACCACGUAGAAAUCGGCGUGUCCUCGUCGAUAAAGGCAGAUGACGGAGAGCCACCAGCGGAUGAUGCAGAGGCAGCGCAACUGAUCGAGAAGCUCACACGAGAGCAAGAAAGCCCCAAGCUUUUCUUUUAAGGACGGAAGACAUAUUCAAAUUAUACAAGCAGCUUGUUCAUUAAAUUAUUUAAGCAAUCAUCUAUUUCCUUCAUCUCUAAUUCAUUUCAUUAUAGAUAGCACAUGAAGUUCGUUCUUACAUAUGUGAGUGCAUCUAGAUUUCAAGUUGUACCCACUUACUUAGACUCACUUCUAAUUCUAGAUCGUCGGCAAGUACUUUUUUUUCACGCUCUCUGCCUUUGCUUUAUCUGCGGAAAUUCUAGGUUGGGUGCUUUUGCGGCAGUGGUUCAUGGCUGGUCUUUGCUAUGUCGUAACCUUCUUCGUUGUAUGGCGGCGACUCAAUGGCGUCCAGCGUCGUGCGCUGCGGAGGCGCGAGCGGGUAGCGUCUGCUCUCACGGAGGUAUCGUCGGAGCCUACAGAGAAGCCGCAAUCUUCAGGUGACCCCGAGAUGCACCAGGGCUCAAUGGAGGUCGUGCGGACUACCACCACCAGUGUGGGGGAUGAGCCUCGUUUCGCUGUUCGCUCAGCAGGUCGUCGAUCAUCGGUGGGUGCAAUAAAGGAAAUGCUGUGGAAAAGCACUAGCGUGGAGGAGGAAAGGGACGAUAUGAACCUUGAAGACCUUCCUACUUCUGAUGAACAGGGCAGUCGCAGUACUAAAGCAGAAAGGGUAAGCAAAACGUCGACCAGAUCGAGUCGGUCUUCUGUGAGCAGUGUUGUACGAUUCCACGCACCGACAUCACUGACGCGGCGUCAGUUGACGCUUCUCUUCCGUGCAGCGUGGCUAACGUUUUUAACGUUUGCCUCAGCUCCCUUGAUCGUCGCAAGUGUGAUCAACCGCUUGGCUCUUCCGAGAAAACUCUGGGAUCUGAUUGAGGCUCAAAAUGAUUCAUUUCCAGUUGAUCUAUAGCCCGUCUAAAUGUUGCUCAGGAUCAUCAUUUCCAAGGGGCAUUGCCUUCUGUUUCCUCCUUGAAAAUGUGAAGAAAUGAACCGAGGAACAAAUGCAUUGUUUUGAAUGAGGUGUAUCAGUCUAAUCUGACCUCCAACUGGCCGUCACCGCUGAACGUGGAUCUCCGCUUUUUGCCGUUCACCCUUGGCAAGAGUGGCCUGCGUCUGGCGCUGCGUUACGCGAUUAUGUACGCUGAAUCCACGCUGGCAGCUGUUGGGUUGCAGUUAGACCGAAGCGCCGUCGCAAAUAUGUUGG